UUCCGGAAGAUAAAUUUAGAUUUUGUCUAUUGGUCAUGAACCGACCGUUUCGAUUAGUUGUGAUUAAAUUAUUUCUGCAAAAGGAGCUUCCGGUGACACUCAAGUCAAGGUCUCCAAGCACAUCACCAUCCUGUUGGGUCCGUUCGAAAUGGAUAUCCACCUCAUCACUCAUAGGUCCGGACAACGUAGUCCGCAGUCACUUGCCGGACAUCAACAUACCUACCAAUGUCACAUUUCACCAGUUCCUGUUUGAGAAGUGUGACCAGUACAAGAAUCUGGUGGCUGUGGAAGAUUUCUUAAGCGGACAGACCUAUACUUUUGCCCAACUCAAAGAAAAGGCCAUUAAAGUGGCUAGUGGCCUGCAUCGUUUAGGCUACCGUAAAGGGGACGUUAUCUCUGUGUACUCUCCAAACCAUGUCCACUACCCUGUUCUGAUGUUGGCCUGUGCCGCCACUGGCGUGUGGUUCAGUGCUGUCAACCCUUCCUAUAAAGAAGACGAAUUACGUCGCCAGUUACUUCAUAGCGGUUCUAAAGCUGUGUUUACGACACCCAGCUCUGCUUCCCUAGUUUCGACCGUGGUGAAAUGUAGAGACAGUCUAGUGAAAGAUCUCUUUGUGUUUGGCUCAGCGGAAGGAUUUCAAGGAUUUCGGCCGUUCCAAUAUUUACUGGAUGACGAUGGUCGAAUGUUUCCAGACGUGGAUAUUAAUCCAGUGGAGGAUGUUUUUAUUUUACCUUACUCUAGCGGUACAACUGGAUUACCUAAAGGUGUUAUGUUAACACAUUAUAACUGCAUGGCCAACUGUCUACAGAUUGCCUCAAGUCUGCCCACUAGCCCAGAGGAUCGUGUGCUUGGAUUACUGCCCUUGUUUCAUCUCUUCGGAAUGAUUGUUGUUCAGUUUUCUGUUCUUCUAGGUGGUAGCUCAGUUGUCUACCUUCCAAAGUUUGAGCCUGAGACAUUUCUCAAAUGUCUGCAAGACAAACAGAUUACACUGGCUCACCUGGUACCUCCACUUGUAGUCUUCCUUGCCAAACAUCCACUUGUCAGUCAAUACAAUUUGAGAUCCGUCCAGAGAAUUUUUUGUGGCGCUGCACCGCUGGGUCCAGAGCUGACUGCAGAGUUUUUAAAGAGACUCGACCAUGGCCUCAAAAUCAAUCAAGGGUUUGGCUCCACUGAAACCAUUUCUCCGACCUUGGAUGUGACAAGCACCAUUGGUUCUGUUGGCUACAUGGUCGUGAACACGCUUGGAAAGUUUGUGAGCACAGAAAAUAAAACACUGCCACCUGGUGGAGUUGGCGAGUUCUGUGUGAAAGGUCCUCAGGUCAUGAAAGGUUAUUAUAAGAAUAAACAGGCGACUGAUGAGAUGAUUGAACCGAAUGGCUGGAUUCAUACAGGUGAUGUUGGCUAUGUCUCUGAGAGUGGUUUGAUCUACAUACAAGACAGAAUUAAAGAUAUCAUCAAAUAUAAAGGCUUUCAAGUUCCCCCAGCUGAGCUUGAAGCCUUGCUGUUGGGUCAUCCAGAUGUCCAGGAUGUGGCCGUGUUGGGAGUACCCGACUUAGAAUGUGGAGAGUUACCCAAAGCUUUUGUUGUCAAGAAACCAGGGUCAAAGGUCAACGAACAGGAACUUCUGAAAUAUGUUGAAGAUCGAGUCUCGCACAUUAAAAGAUUACGAGCUGGAGUUCUAUUUAUAGAUGAGAUUCCCAAGAACCCUAGCGGGAAAAUAUUAAGAAAGAUUAUUAGAAAUAAAUAUUUAUGAUAUACAAAUAAAGAGAUCAUAAAAACUAA